AUGAAAUAUUGUGAGUUUUCUCUAUGCACGAUUCAACGCUACGUUACAGUUUACUCGAGAAAAUUCGUUUUUACGGGACAGACGGUGAAGGAAGAAACUGGCGUAUCGUUCGUCGUGAUGCAUGACGACGUAGUGCUCGGAGAAAGCGCUCCUGUCAUUAUCGAUCCGGGUAUCAAGGAACCACCGCGAAUUUACGACGUCAAUUUCGCGGUCGAAUUUUCAUUUGUACCUAACGACCUUAAUAGCAUGGAUCCAAUCGUAUCAACGCCAAUUUUAAGUAAGGAACUUGAAUUAAAAGUAACGUGCGACGUCGAGGAUCAACGUUUGGGCGAUUCCGCUAGAUCAGCCGCGGAUUCGAAGAAGAAAGCAACAGUCGCCCCACAGCAGACUCCGUCGAGCGUGCUUGGUUUUUGCACUCUCGAUUUAAUGCCGAUAUUGCUGGGACCGCUAGGUGAAAAAUCACUCGCCGAGAGAUUGAUAGUGCAAACGCCACAUCUCUCGUUUGACGGCAGCGCGGUCUCGUGGCAAAAUCUACCCUUGUUAAACGCGACAGUAAUAUACGACGGCGGGGAGAUAUUUCCUUCGCGAGCGGAAAUUAAUUUCCUGAGUGUUACGGUGGGAAGCAUCUACAAUCCGCCGGUCUCUUUCACCGAUGACGCAGAUUACAAAGCGGGCACGAUAAUAUACGUUGACGACGAAAUUCCAGAAAACGUAAUAUUCGAGGACGGUAAAUGGACAAAGUACCGCGACUUGGAGAAAACCAAACGAUGGCGAAGCUUAUCGAAAUUACAAAGUCGCGCCAGAUUGUCAAAGUGGAAACUCAGCCACGAUUAUGCAGGCAUAAAAAAUACUCUCGACGCGAAACUCGAUUUGCAGAAAAAAGUGUGUCAGGACGAGCCUAGGAUUGAAUGGAACUUCAUGGAUCGCAGUAUGUUACGCAAUCUGGGAAGCGAAGCGAUGAAGAAUCAUAUUAUCAAGUAUAAAUACUGGCCGUUUCAAUUUUUGGUCACCGAAAAGAGCGCGGAAAAAGGCAGCGUUAGUCAACGGCAAGCAGAAUCAAUUAAAUCUCAACUUUAUCAAUCUUACGUCGAUUUAUCGGAGCUUAUUUUCCCGGGAAUAAAAAGUACUUGCGUGGUUGCGCAAUUGUAUCCGCAUGAUACGUCGAACAUAGUCGAGAAGACUGGCUUGGAAAGGGAUGUUUUCUACAUAGAGCCUUGGAACAGAGAUUUAAAGGAACGAGAAUCGAAAAAGGUUGACACGAUACAUACGAACGAUGAAAUAACGCGGAGUACCCCGUUAAUUACGAAGUCUGGCGAGCCCGUGUUUAUCGUGAUCGAGGUCGAACUUGCUCGUCCACUUGUUCCUUGCAGGCUCAAAGAUGACCUUUCAGAUAUAAUCGAGGAGAUGAUGAAACCGAAGGAAACCAAGUCGCGUUACAUUUAUUCCGGUGACGUAGCGGAGCAACAAUACGCAACUUGCAUUCGGAAAAUAGUAGAGAUUAUUACGGAGAGCUACAGGGAUGAGCUAACUUGCUUCACGCAAUAUUUGUACAAAACUGGCAUGUACUUGAACAUACGCAGCACUUUGAAAAUGAAAGUAAUCACGUUGUUGGAUCAAAAAAUCAAGACAAACAUGAACACCGUACACUCUAUCGACAGCCAGAAUUUUAUAGCGUCCGUGUACACAUACCUCGUCGAACAAAUGCACAUAGCCAUCAACAAGAUUGUCGAAAGCCGCCUUGCGGGCGAUUUGCCGAGGAGUGUAAUACCCCAAAAAUUAUACUUCUAUGCCGAAGAAGCUUACGAAUUGGGUCACGUGGAUGAUGCAAGGCGGCAUCAUAAAGCUGCAAUUGCGGUAAAUAAAAGUGACGCCAAAGCGUGGACCAAGUACGCGAUCUUCCUCCUGAAAAUCGGCGACGCGGAGCGUGCAAAAGAGUGUGGCCGUGAAGCGGUAAUCUCGGACAGGCGAGAUAAACUCGCUUUGCUGACGUACGGAUUGAUCCUAGCCGAAGAUCGUAGCUAUCAAGAAGCGGAAGUCUUUCUAAGAGCCGUCACCGAAUUCUAUCCGCGAUUCGUCGAAGGAUGGGUUAUCCUACAUCUGUUUUACACUCGUACGAAUUACGAUCCAGGGAUAGAUCUUGCUUUAAGACUGGCGGAAAAAUGCAUGAAGGACGACGAUAGAGAGACGGAGAUCUCGAGUGAAGAUCCUCUCGCUUGGACAAUGAUUCACUGUCCGCGGGAUAAUGUGUUUAUGAUAACGGCCACGCUCCUAAUGAAGCUGCAUUUUUGCGACUUUGCUGACUUAGCAUUGACGGAAGAAAUGUCUCGCGCGGGAAGAUCUACCCACGUUCUGUAUUACCUGGCUGUGCGAUGCUACUUAUUGCAGCAAUACGAAGAGGCUUUGUCGCAUUUAAAAGAAGCCAAAAUUAUUUAUGGACUGGAUUACUCGAUAAGCAGUUUAAUGGGGCACUGUCUUUUUCAAGAGGGUAAAUUCGCGGAGGCCAUUCAUUGCUACGAGUUCGCCGAUGCGACGUUCAACAGACCGGACGAUUUGCAUCUCGUGCACACGAGAAUGGGAAUGUAUUAUGAAAACGUCGGUGACUACGAGCGCGGGUUAAAGAUUUUCCUCAGCGCAUGCAGAACCUCGCCAACGGCGGAAACGUGGCUUGGGGCGGGAAUCGCUUUUUAUGAGCUGCGACGAUUCACGGAAGCCGAGGCGGCUCUGACGGAAGCGAAUCAGCUGGACAAUCGUAACGAAACCGUCUGGAAAUACCUGUGCCUGUUAAACAUGUCUCUACAGCGUCACGACGAGUUCGCUCAGUGUUACGGACAGAUCGCUCAGGUGAAAAACUGUAAAAAGAAGGGCGAUAGCUCAGCGUUCUUUGCGACGCGUCACCUUUAUGUCUUUACAGGACAAUGAGGCUUUCUCUCUGGAGAAACGGUCCCUCAAACCGCGAGAUGGAAAACCGGGAUCGGUCAUGCUCUAGAUGCUGGCAAACGCCGUAGCAUAUAAACUUCGCCUCUUUAGCACGAAGAUUUAGUCAGUCGUUCCACAAUCGCGAUGAGAUUGACGUGCUCGCUUGUUGUGCUUUGUCUGCUUGGAGUAACGAUGUUCGCGAUGAUUAGCUGCGAUGAGUCAAGCAGCUCAAUGCGUCACUCGAGUUUGGAAAAAGAUGAUGUUCCACGGGUUAAAAUAAAGGUGUUUCGUGGGCCCACGCAGGAAACGGACGGCGAGUCUUUUGCUACUUGGGGAUAUUGGAUUCAACAGCCCAGCAGAUAAUAUCGAUGCGGCCAUUUUAUCUUUCUCGUUACUCGCUCUCUAUCGCACAACGAUAAUUAUAAGAUAAUUGCUUCUUUUUCUUCUUGUAUAUUAUAAUGUACAUUGAAAGAUUAAAAUCUCAAGGCGUUUAAUUGUUUUCGUAUUAAAAUAAAAGACUUUCGUCCAUUAACUGAUCACAGCGCAGAAUAAGUAACAUACAUGUAUAUGAUUAAUAUUUUCCUCAAAUUGGACAGUUUUCUUGUCAAGUUAAGGAUAUUGAUGGGAAACAUAUUAGAAUGUACAAAGAUUCACAAUUUCACAAUAUUAAGAUAUCAUGUCAUUUAUAUAUUGUUGAGGCAUGUACAUCAUAGAUAUAAUGCCAAUUCUCAAGCAUGAAUACAUUUUAUUUUUUGUAUAACGGAUUAUUGGGAUUUAAUUGAUUGCCAUGAUUGUCAAGAUCAGGUUUGGUACCGGUUCCUCCAUAUUUAGCAUCGCGACCGGGUCCGGUUUUAGUGUGGUUUGGGUUGCACUGGUUUGCACGAUUGUCUUGCUGCUGCUUAUC